GAGGAAGCGGGCACGAUGGCCGCCCUCCUGCUGCUACCCCUGCUGCUGCUGCCGCUGCUGCUGCUGAAACUGCGCCUAUGGCCGCAGUUGCGCUGGCUCGCGUCAGACUUGGCCUUCACGGUGCGCGCCCUACGCUGCAAACGGGCUCUUCGAGCGCGCGCCUUGGCCGCGGCUGCCGCUGACCCGGAAGGUCCCGAGGGGGGCUGCAGCCUGGCCUGGCGCCUCGCGCAGCUGGCCCGGCAGCGCCCCGCGCACACCUUUCUCAUUCACGGCGCGCAGCGCUUUAACUACGCGGAGGCCGAGCGCCAGAGCAACCGGGCUGCGCGCGCCUUCUUGCGCGCGCGAGGCUGGGACGGGGGACCCGGCAGCGGCGACAGCGGCGCGGGGGGCGCCGGAGAAGGCGAGCGGACGGUGCACGGCGUACAACACGCGGCGGCCGGAAGCGGAGCGGCGCGUCCCGUGCGGGAAGGGGAUGGCGCGGCCCCUCUGGCACCUGGGGCCACCGUGGCGCUGUUGCUUCCCGCCUGCCCAGAGUUCCUGUGGCUCUGGUUCGGGCUGGCCAAGGCCGGCCUGCGUGUGGCCUUUGUGCCCACCGCUCUGCGCCGGGGUCCCCUACUGCACUGUCUCCGCAGCUGCGGCGCUCGCGCGCUCGUGCUGGCGCCAGAGUUCCUGGAGUCCCUGGAGCCGGACCUGCCGGCCCUGAGAGCCAUGGGGCUCCACCUGUGGGCUGCGGGCUCUGAAACCCAUCCUGCUGGAAUCACCGAUUUUCUGGCUGAGGCCUCGGCUGAAGUGGAUGGGCCAGUGCCCGGGUAUCUGUCUGCCCCCCAGAACUUAAUGGACACGUGCCUGUAUAUCUUCACCUCUGGCACCACAGGCCUCCCCAAGGCUGCUCGGAUCAGUCAUCUGAAGGUCCUGCAAUGCCAAGGAUUCUACCAGCUGUGCGGCGCCCACAAGGAGGAUGUGAUCUACCUCACCCUCCCACUCUACCACAUGUCUGGCUCCCUGUUGGGCAUUGUGGGAUGCUUGGGCAUUGGGGCCACAGUGGUGCUGAAGUCCAAGUUCUCAGCUGGUCAGUUCUGGGAGGACUGCCAGCAGCACGGGGUGACGGUGUUCCAGUACAUCGGGGAAUUAUGCCGAUACCUUGUCAACCAGCCUCCGAACAAGGCAGAACAUGGACAUAAGGUCCGGCUGGUUGUGGGCAGCGGGCUGCGGCCAGACACCUGGGAGCGCUUUGUGCGGCGCUUCGGGCCCCUGCAGGUGCUGGAGACGUAUGGACUGACAGAGGGCAAUGUGGCCACUUUCAACUACACAGGACAGCGGGGUGCUGUGGGGCGCGCCUCCUGGCUUUACAAGCAUGUCUUCCCCUUCUCUUUGAUUCGCUAUGAUGUCACCACAGGGGAGCCGAUUCGGAACACCCAGGGGCUCUGUGUGGCCACAUCUCCAGGUGAGCCAGGGCUGCUGGUGGCCCCCGUGAACCAGCAGUCACCGUUUCUGGGCUAUGCUGGGGGGCCAGAGCUGGCCCAGGGAAAGCUGCUGAAGGAUGUCUUCCAGCCUGGGGAUGUUUUCUUCAACACUGGAGACCUGUUGGUUUGCGAUGACCAAGGCUUUCUUCGCUUCCACGAUCGUACUGGAGACACCUUCAGGUGGAAGGGGGAGAACGUGGCCACGACCGAGGUGGCUGAGGCCUUGGAGGCCCUGGAUUUUCUUCAGGAGGUGAACGUCUACGGAGUCACUGUGCCAGGGCACGAAGGCAGGGCUGGGAUGGCAGCCCUGGUUCUGCGUCCCCCCCACUCUUUGGACCUUGUGCAGCUCUACGUCCAUGUUUCCGAGAACUUGCCACCUUAUGCCCGGCCUCGAUUCCUAAGGCUUCAGGAGUCACUCGCCACCACAGAGACCUUCAAGCAGCAGAAGGUUCGGAUGGCAAAGGAGGGCUUUGACCCAAGCGCACUGUCUGACCCCCUCUACGUUCUGGACCAGGCUGGGGGCGCCUACCUACCCCUCACACCUGCCCGGUACAGUGCGCUCCUGGCCGGGGACCUUCGCAUCUGAGAACCUCCACACCAGUGCACCUGAGGGAGGGACUUUGUGAGGUGGGGUUAUUGCAGGUGUAUCAGCCGCUGUCAGGGAUCUCUUCUAUACCAGGUUUGUAAUCUUUAUUUUGUAAUAAAUGUGUCCAGAGCCCAUUUGGCUCUGUCUUUCUCAUCUACAAUAUUCGCUUCCCUGCCUGUCUGUGGAACUGCUUUUCCCGCAGACGUUUUCUCCCGCCCGGAGCCACAGGCGCUCCUGCCCUGGCCAUGUGGCCUGAGCUCAAUGUCUGGACCUCAGUGUUUUUCCUCUCAGGUGACCCCGUGUGAUCCUUGUCCUUGGAAAACCCCUGAUGACUGAUGUCUGUCUGUGCUUGUGGAUAUCCUGUCCCAGUUUCACUCCCUGAGUGCAGGGCCCCCACUGUCUCUGGGGAGCCAGAGGACCCAAGGGAUUGGUUCAAAUGGCCAAAGUGGACAGAGGCACAAAUGCUACCCCUGUGGGCAGCCAAAACAUCUCCACAGACUCACGUGUGGUUGGGGCCUGGGGAAGGGUCUCAACUGGGCAAAACAGAGGUUUGAUUUUGGGUUAAAGGAACCUCCCUCUCCCCUCACUGGCUGGCUUAUCAAAGCCAGCCAGUGAGGGGGAAGGGUGCGGCCACAGCCCCCCAACUCAAAAGUUCCUGAUUUUACCCACUCUUAGUCCUAUAUUCCCAGAAGUAGCAGCCCAGGGUGGGGCCCCUCAGGUUCUGGGGAGACUUUGACUGAGGCCCCUCUUGGAGCAGGGCUCAGAGUGCAUGUAUGCACGUGGUGGCAGAGGGAUGGGGGAAUCAAAAGGAAAAAGGCCUGUCCUCGGCCCCUAAAUGAGGCGUCAAAAAAGUUAAUUAUCAGGGAGUUCCCUGGUGGUCUAGUGGUUAGGAUUUGCGCUUUCACUGCUGUGACCUGGGUUCAAUCCCUGGUUGGGGAACUGAGAUCCCAAAAGCUGCAUGGCCAAAA